AUGGUCGAUGUGGUUCAUUCCAAAGUCGAAGAAAUAUCCAAGGGGAGUUCAAACAUAGUCCCCGAGCCAUCUAGCAGUGAAAAGUCACCUCGCCUAGGAGGUCAUGUGGGGGGCGAGGCUGAGGGGACCGAUCUCGAACCCCUUCAAAUAAAAGAGAAUACCCUGAGUGGAUCACUUAGGGCUGUGGUGCUCCACAAAAGGGCAUUUUCCAAGUCUCGAGCUGAUCUUGCUCGAUGUGAGGUUGAGCUUAAGAAGAUCUCGGAAGAGAUGGAUAGUCUUAAAACCCUCUAUGUCAAGAAAGAGGAGGAAAUCAACGAUCUUCGAGCCGAAUUGGCAAAGGCUUGUCAACAACGAACCGAGCUUAUCGUAAAGUUUCAACGAAAGGGUGAGCUGGCGAAGCAGCUUCGAGAGGAGCUCAAGAUGGAGGAGGCUGAAACCCUAGGCCGGAGGCAAAGCAUGGACAAUCUUGCUUCUGAGAAAGAAACCCUCCGAGAGCAGCUGUCUUCACUCGAACGUCAGUUACGAAGCGUGAAGGAGGAGGGCCUGGCUCGAGGCCGUGAAAUCGAGAAGCUCAAGGUUAAAUUUGCUGCUGAGCUGGCUAAGGCCAAAUCUGAUGUUGAGGAAAUUAUGUCCUCAUAUCGAGCUGACGCCGAAGCAGCUAAUGCCCGGGCCAAGGAGAUCUCCACUGCAACCGAAGCGAAGACCUUGGAAGAGGAGGCUGCUGCUCUGCUUUCUGAUGAGGAUGAUUCAGCCAGUGGCUCCGAGAGUGGAGGAGACGAAGAUGAAGUCCCCGAGGGUGUGGCUCUCGAAGAUGCGGCUCCUGAAGAUAUGACCCCGAAGUAG